AUGUCGACGGAGUUUGUGUACAGCCCAAGAGAUGUUGUGUCGCCGGGAAAAGAAAUCGAAGGUUGGGUCAAGUUUUGUGAUGCCGACGCUGGAAAGCUUUGGUUAACCUUGGUGGAGAUGAAAGCUGUUCAAUCCCAAGAAGGCCUCCCACUUGACAAGUUUGAUGAACUUGUCGGUCAGGAAGUCGACGGUACCAUUACAAGGAUCACAAACUUUGGAGCAUUUCUGAACGUGGGAUGCGAGGUAGACGCAUUUCUUCACGCAACUCAGCUUCCAAAGCACAAGCACAAUGGGAAGAGGCAAACAUUGCAGGAUCUGGUGAUUGGAAGGACAGUCAAA